GCGCAACACGAUGCUAUAAGGGCGGGUACGCAGCCAAGUCUCCGCAGUGAGCGCCGCGACGCCUUUGGAGACGUAUCGUGCGAAACGGUCGAUCGGCGAUCGCCGGUAACACGAGGCGUUCAGCUAUUUCUCCAUCCUUCCUUCCACCCACGAACGACGACUGUGCUGUGUUUUUGUGCUUGAUUCCCUUGUUUUUUUUCCUUUGGUUCUCUCCGAGACUUGAGAAGCAGGCUCCGCGCAGCAAGGGAGAGAAAACAGGUUGAUUCCUCGAGGGAGGGACACUGAACACGGAACACGCACCGAGCGUAUUGGGAAAAGCGACGAAGAAAAGCAGAAACGAUUCGGCUGGAACGCACGACUGGAACGACGCGACUGGGGGCUUUGCGAGCCGGAGCGAUGUUCACGCAGCUUCCAAAGAGAGAUAGGUGAGGCUGCGCUGAAACGACACGUGCUCCAGGGAUGCGAGAAAUCGCCGGCCCAUUAGAGUCGCGAUCCCGUGAGGCAAGCGUUGCCGAGCGAAGCGUAAAACGAAGCGUAUCCACCAGAAACCAUAAGAGAAUGCGAUCCCCGGGAACGCUGGAGGGAUAAUAAAGCAGAGUCUUUCUUAAAACCAGCCGGGUCACGGACGAACUUCCACCGUAGGAUCCUCGAAUAAAUAUGAUGAGUUGGGUGAUCCACGAGAUUUUACGAGCCACCGUUCCAACCAGAACACGCGAGAUAAACGCGAGGGAUCUUUGAUCGCCACGUUUCGCAUGGAACGGGAACCAGCUCUCGGCCAGAAUCAACUUGGUCCAUGAAUGAUCGAAAAAGUGGCGAUCUGUUGAUACCGGGCGCCGCGAACGCUUCAACGAUAACCAAACGAAGAAUAACAACGAGACAGUUGUCGAGCCUGUUCGUGAUUCUGGUCGAUCGUUUCGUUCGUGAAACGUAACGUAAGAUUCGUUAAUCGAUCGUUCUCGACGGCGAAGAAGAAACCACAGAAGAGGCGUGACCCAGUUCUCGUCGGUUUCAUUUGGAGAACACCGCACGAUUCCCCCUUAUCUUGGCCGAUUUCCAUUCCCGGCGCACGAACGUCCCCGUCGUUUCGCGUCCCGCCACGUCGCGUACGUAAAAAUAUAACGAGCGCGGCUUAUGGGUCACGACGGGGGAUGGGAAAGGGUGAAAGGGAAGCGGAUGGAUCUGCUCGGAGGCCGCGCGAUAUAGCCGCGCCUUCGGCCGGUAUAAUCUCAUAAAACCUGCAGGGGAGUCCAUCUACGUGAGCGGUAAAGCCGUCGACGACGUCUCGGCCCUCGGAAUUGGUACAUCGAGCAUUCGUCCCAGCCACUUUCGACAGUUGCGGCCCGUUGUAUUUCACGCGACAGACGAGUGCCGCUCGUUCGGUGAACCCAUUCCACUUUCUCUUGAACGAAUUCCACUUUCUCGGUCACCGUGCGGUUCCCGAGUCUACGAUCGCGAACGUUACUUCUCGAUCGAUUCUUUAUAAAGUGACGCGAGCCAUUUCAACGAUCGAUGAACCACGGAAUCUCACGUCGGAAGAAGAAGUGAGAGAACCAUCGUGCGAUUUAAACUCUCCAAAGAUCCAUUAUCAUUCACAUUUCACUUUACUAUAUACAGAUUUUCCAAACGUUGCCCAAAGUUUUUCUACGCGUAGUCUCCGAAGGAUAAAAUAUCCCAGAGGAAAGAGGCUUGUCUCGUCGUAGUUAUGUUCGAUGCAUUCUUCGUUGUACGUUGUCUGAGCUGUACGUUGUUCGAGUGAACGAAGGAUGGAUCAGGUGCACGUGAAAUCGUCGAGAUCGACCUCGAGGAGCAAUCCGGCGAAAAUGGCGUGCGAGAAGGCGAGCAGACGGCUCAGGACGAUUCUGGUGAAGGCGUCCCGUCUUGGCGUCUCGACGACAGAAGUUGCCAAGUUACCCAGCGCCAAGAAGCUCAUCCCGCAGAGAGAUCACGGAUGGAAGUUGGCGGUGUUCCUCCUGGUGAUGUUCGGCGGCGGCGUGAUCGUCGCGCUAGCCUGCACAGCGAGGAAAGGCUGCUCGAAGCUGGAGGAAAUCAACCUGGCGACCUAGCCGUCGCGACCCAUUGUUCCCCGCUGGCCAACAACGAGCGAAGCAACAGCAGCAACGGCAGCAACGGCAGCACGAAUGCCAGUGGCACCGCCGCCAGCAAAAGCUAUUCGCUCGAGCACCGCAUCCAGCGCGUGUCUACGCUCGACCGGAGGCAUUUGGCUGCGCAACGAUCCUACCGAGGAUUAUUCGGAUGCCGUGGAAGCGUCUUCGCUGCCGCGGAAUGUGUCGAUCAGAAAAUCGGGGAUUCUGUGCCGCGAGCCGUCGCCUGUCCUCUCCGUAUCGUCGUAGACACCGUAGCGCGCUGAGAAUCGGCAGGAUCGGCAGCGACGAAACGCCGCUGACGCUGUUCUAAUCGAAGGAAUUGCCAGCCCGACCACACGUUCCACGCGUGCACCGUUGCGUACCCUAACGAUCCGAUCAUUCCGCUCCUGCGAAUGAGCAUCGCCCGUUUACCUCUUGAUUCUCUGAUUCGCCGAUCGUCUCCAGUCGAGAAACGAAAUCGAACGUAGUGGGAGAGGAACGCGUCGCGUCGCGUCGCGUCGCGGCGAACGCCAGACGAGAGAAAGAACUGGAAAGAAACUCGAAAGAACUCUUCGCUUCUUCGAGGAGAAGAAGAAGAUCCACGGCGAGACGAGACGAAGCGGCAGCGGAAGCAAGAAACGGUUUCCGUUCGAUGCGGUUUUGCCCGGUCUAUUUGGCCGGAUACAAAAGAAAGGAAACGGGUCGAGAGAGUGGCCGAGAUUUUUCUUACCCCGGCACGGAGUUGCAACGCGCGCGCCACGCCGGAAGUCAGUGGGAACGGUUGUUACUGGGAAGAUAAAUUAAGGAAGAAUAAGAAGACGAGGGUUGGAAACAAACCUCUCUCGCCGUGGAAGAGGCAAGUAAGCCCGGGCCGUAGGGCGAAAGUUCACGAGUGUGCUAAGGGAGAAGCCGAGCGGGCACGCGUGUUCGCGUGCUCGCGUGUUGCCCGUGAAUUAGAACUCGUCCCGUGUAUUUGUAUCUGUCUCUCCGGCCGACAGGCCGGUUUCCCUGCCCGCGUAAAUCAUCGGAAUUAGCGCAAUUUCGACGUCGAGUGGCCCCCCGGAACAAUUUCUGUCUCUCUGCGUUUCUUCGCGGUACGGUGACGAUUAAUGGACACGACGCGCAGCCAGGAAUGAAAAUUCAACGAGCGACGAGGACCCCCGGAGCAUCAUUAAGCGAAGCGACUCCGCAGACGGAACCCCGGGAACAGGGUUAAACGACGAUCGACCUCGAACUCUCCUCGCGGGGAAACGAGAUGAAAACACUUUUCGCCGAAACAACGUGGAAGAGAAUCGAGGCUAGAUGGUUUCUUUUUUUUUUUUUCUUUUUUCUUUUUUGCUGCUUCGCGGAGAGGGAAACGCAAGGCUGUCGCGCGUGAAAUUACCAAAUUACAUACUUUUUUCAAUCAUCGAUCAGACACGCUUGAGUGUCGAUUCACUCGUCAAUAUAUAUGCAUAUCUUCAUUGGUCGAAGAAGCUGAAAAAAAUCUGAGGAAAUGAUCUCGACGAUUGCUUCGGAGAGUGAAAUAAAACAAAGUCGAACGUUCGCGAGGAAGCAACGCCAGCAACGUGUGGCAUUUGUUAUUUUUAAUCUUAGCAGACCGGAUCAGACCCCUCUGCUCGUCGCCUAAUCGUCCGUACACGCAGACACACACAGAGACGCAGGCACACCGACGCUCCUUUCAGUCCGUCUAUUUGGUACAGCAAAAGGGAGGAGGGUAAACGAGACUAACGCGCUAACGAUGCCAACGUUAAUUACCGGGCCGGAUAGACCGCCUAAUCGUUGAGCGAGUGCACGUGCUAAUUACGCGGCGUUGCCUGCUGACGAUCGGGCGAAUCGCACGGUUUUAGCCGCGAGUCGUCGUAGAGAGACGUCGCGCGUUUCUUGCGAGCUCGCGUUGCCGAUUCACCGAGGCUUCGACGGCGAUGAAAUUCACCCGAUCGACCCUGUUGCAUCGUUUUCCUUUUUCUUCGCGAGCAAAGAAAGAAAGAAAUUUCGCUUCGAUGGUUCGACAGAUCGGAAAGGAUUCAGACAACGCGAUUUUUCACGUUCCAAGCGCCUCCCUUUGUAAAAGUUGAAGUCACAGAGGGGAAUUUUUCUUUUUUUUCUCCUUUUUUUUUUGCGGGAAUUUGUUUUCCAACGAUUAAAAAAAAAAAAAAUUAAACGGCACUUCCACUCUGUAAAAAGUAUUUUCCUCUAAUUGCCGUUGAAAUUUGUUUUUCAUUUAUUUCUUCAGUACCGGUUUGGCGCGAGUGGCACUUUCGCAGCUGUUUUUCAUCAAUUCGAGUGCGCCUCUAUUAAAAAGGGUCGCGCGAUAAAUAUUUUUUUUUUCGCGAGAAUUUGCAGAAUUUGAACGUUUGAUUUUUCAAAAA